AUGGGAACGGACGAUGUAAAAAGUGACAGCCUAACGAAUGGGCAACAGAAAAGUAAUGGGAACAGAAUGACCAAUGGGGCCUUGAAGGUAAAGCCACGACGAAUGUACAAAGCCGAUGACACUCCUUCCACUUUCAUUUGCAUUUUAUUUGGAUUUCAAGUAAGUCAUAGGAACUUGGAAACAUAUUUGUCUUUAAAUUUUCAUACUGAACUGAAAGUUGUCCAAAAUUUUUGGAUUUUCCCACUGAAAAAUUCCGGGUAGCACAUAAUAAACUGUAAGUACAAAUUCUUCUAAAAAGUGCAGCUUUGAAAAAGGUGUUAAUUUUUGUUGUAAGCCUGUUAGAAGUGCUGUUAUAUUGGCAAACUUGUUUUAGGUAUAAAGAUGUAAGUAUAAAGUUUUAAAAAUAUAAAUUUUCUUAAAAUCUUGUGGCUUCUGCCUAUUUCGGACGGACAGGAUUUUAAUACGAAGUCAGUUAUAGCGUCAACUUUUAGAAAACCAGAGUUUCGGUCUUUAUCUGGGUUAACGAAAUCAAAAGAUACUUUUUUCUCGAUGCAAAUUUGAUGCUUUCAGCAAGUGAUGGUAUGUGUGUCGGCCCUUUUGGUGAUCCCGUUCCUCUUAUCGGAUUACAUGUGUGCGGGCAGUAAUGUAAAUCAUCUCCGGGUUCAACUUAUUUCCUCGACAUUUGUGGCCUCGGGCAUCUCAACCAUCAUUCAGACGGGAUUCGGGAUGAGAUUGGCUCUUCUUCAAGGCACCGCCUUCGCCUACAUUCCAUCAGUGAAAGCGUUUACGGACCUCCCGGAAAAUGUCUGCAAUGACGGGAAUGGGACUUUGGCAAUACCAGAGAGCGAAUAUUUUGGGCGGUUGCAAUAUGUAAGAAAAGUUUUAUGAGAUUGGUCUUGGGUAGUGCAACACAAAAUUAUGCAAGAUUUGUUUCAGAUCCAAGGAUCUCUCUUAUUAUCAGCCAUAGUGCCCAUGCUUAUCGGAUGCACGGGUCUAGUCGGGAUGCUGACCAAAUUUAUUGGUCCAAUUACAGUGUCCCCACUAAUCUUAUUAUUGAUGGCCUCGUCGGUGGAUAUGUGUGUAGCCCGAAUGGAAAAGCAUUGGGUCAGUCUGAUGUGAGUCGCUUUUUACACAGGCCUGAAUUUUAUAUGUAUUCAUGAUAAUCUUUUCAUUUCAGCCAAGCCGCGACCUUAUUCAUCACAGUUCUUUAUUUGGCCGAUCUUCGUGUCCCAAUUCCGGGUCGAAAGAACGGGAAAUUCCACUGGUAUCGAGUGAAUGUCUUUGGCCAAUACCCCUAUUUGAUUGCCAUAUUGGUAUCUUGGGGAUUCUGCGCCUUUCUCUCGAUCUUAGACUUGGUUCCAGCGAAUAGUGAGGCGAGGACUGACAAGGUUCAAAAUUUGAAUGUAAGUUGCGACUAUCAUAAAUAACCGUAAUCUCUCACUAUUUGUUUAAAGUGAAUUUCACUUUUCCAGGCGAUCGCCAAUUCCCCGUGGUUCCGAAUACCGUAUCCCGGCCAAUACGGAGCCCCCAAAUUCAAUGCCUCUUUGUUCUUCGCCUUCCUUGUCUCCGCUUUAACUUCGGUGUUUGAGUCGGUUGGAGAUUACCAUGCCAUUGCCCGGGUAUCAGAAGAAAGAUCUCCUCCAUCUCAUGCCAUUAAUCGAGGAAUCUUGGCCGAAGGAAUGGGAAGUUUCAUCAGUGGUCUGAUCGGGCCGGGAGUUGGGCUGACAACUCACACGGAAAAUAUUGGAGUCAUCGGGAUCACUCAGGUAAGAUUUCCUGAUGUUUUUUGGAUGUUAUACUAGACAAACAAGAAGUGCUUUUGUUUGUAAGACAGUAGUGUCACUUCCAAUCUUCUAAAUCACAGUAAAAUUUCCGUUCCAGGUCGCCAGUCGGGCCACAAUGAUUGUCGCAGGAUGUCUCCUAAUUUUCCUUGGCCUUUUCACCAAGAUUGGAGCCGUUUUAUCGACAAUCCCCGAUCCCUUAGUUGGCGGAGUCCUAGCCUCUUCUAUGGCCAUGGUUGGAGGAGUAGCGAUCGCCAAUGUUCAGUCAGUUGACCUCAAAAACUCCCGGAAUGUGGCCAUUCUCGGGUUCUCCUUGAUGGUCGGCCUCAUCGUCCCGCACUAUUUCAGAACCGAAAGGGGUCAUAAAAUUGACAGCGGUAUGUUGUAUUAUCAGAUUUCAUUCUUAACCAUACUGACUUUUGUAAAAAGUAAUGUAAAAAUUUCAGGUUGGGAGGGGCUGGACGAAGUCUUGAUGGUUUUACUCAACAUGCCCAUGUUUGUGGGUGCUGCAACUGCUUGUGUUUUGGAUAAUACAGUACCAGGCGCUACGAGAACUCAACGCGGAUUAAGAGAAAGAGGAAUGGGACAUGAAUUGGGGCCCAGCAAUCGAGAUAUUUACGCCUUCCCACCUUGGGCCAUGAAAUUAUUGGAGAAAUUCCCGGCCCUGAAAAUAUUACCUUUCAUUCCAAAGGAAAAGAAAUUGUCGAAUAAUCGAGUACAAGAUAGUUCAGCGUCAUUUCCAUAA